AUGGCUCCCUUAGGUGAAGUUGGGAACUAUUUCGGUGUGCAGGAUGCAGUACCCUUUGGGAAUGUGCCCGUUUUGCCGGUGGAUAGUCCGGUUUUGUUAAGUGACCACCUGGGUCAGUCUGAGGCAGGUGGGCUACCCAGGGGGCCUGCGGUCACGGACUUGGACCAUUUAAAGGGGAUCCUCAGGCGGAGGCAGCUAUACUGCAGGACUGGAUUUCAUUUAGAAAUCUUCCCCAAUGGUACUAUCCAGGGAACCAGGCAAGACCACAGCAGAUUUGGUAUACUGGAAUUUAUCAGUAUAGCAGUGGGCUUGGUCAGCAUCCGAGGAGUCGACAGUGGACUCUACCUUGGAAUGAAUGAGAAAGGGGAACUGUACGGCUCGGAAAAAUUAACCCAGGAGUGUGUAUUCAGAGAGCAGUUUGAAGAAAACUGGUAUAACACAUAUUCAUCAAAUCUAUAUAAACACGUGGACACUGGAAGACGAUACUACGUUGCAUUAAAUAAAGAUGGGACUCCAAGAGAAGGGACUAGGACUAAACGGCAUCAAAAAUUUACACAUUUUUUACCUAGACCAGUGGACCCUGAGAAAGUACCGGAACUAUAUAAGGAUAUUUUAAGCCAAAGUUGA